AUGCUAACUCAAAGGCCAACCGCAUUCUGCGAAUUAAGCUCUGAAUUAAAAAAUAGAGAAAUCACAUCCGUCACAAAAAUCAGCCGAGACUUUGAGAACCUCUUUGAACUGAAAAAGUUCCGUGAUAAAGCUUUAACAAGCGACGGAAAGAAGAUUGACAAUUACACAGUCAAAAUUUUCGAUAUCUCUCCAAAGGAUUUUGAAGUCUUGCUCAGGUAUAUUUAUAAUGGUCAUAUACUUUUGGAUGGAAGAUCUUCUUUGGAGAUAUUUAAUCUUCUGCUUGCUGCCUUAAAACUUAAUCUUGAAGAAGCCGCUAGCUAUUUGCAAUUAAGUCUCGUCAAAUAUCAUCACGAGUGGUUAUACAGAAAUUUCUCGUUGGUUUAUGACACAUGCAAACAAUAUCCGAAAUUGGGACUCCUUCUGAGUUACUGUAUGAAGUAUCCGAACACGUUGUUCAUGACCGAGAAUUUUGUAAAGUUCGAAAAGCAGGUCUUGGUAGAUUUGUUGGAAAAUCAUAAUCUCGAAGUAGACGUGAUAGAAAUUUGGAAUAUGAUCCUCAAAUGGGGUUUGGUCAAACACCCGUCAAUGAAUUCGAAUCCUAAAUAUUGGACCACCGAAGAGAUUAAAGCAUUGUCCAAGAGUCUCGAGGAUCUUAUUCCUUUAAUACCAUUUCAUAACUUGUCUCCCGAACAGAUCGAUCAUUACAUACAACCAUACCGAAAGCUCUUUCAAGGAUCAUUAUAUGAGGAGCUGGUACAAACAUCUAGAAUCAAAUAUGAAGAGAAGAAUGCCCUGAAUUUCAAAAUUCCCGAAGCAGUGAACAGUUGGUCCCAUGGAGAACGUCCUACUCUUUCACUCUUCAUAUGCCUGGACGUUUCAGGUUCUAUGUGUUAUGCGAUACACCAGGCCAAAGGUGUUAUACUAAAGAUGAUUGAAGAACUAUUACAAAAAGGCAUUCUCGUCGAAAAAGAUAUUACAUGCUUUUUCUACGCUUCUUCAUGUAAUGAAGUGAGAUUUGGCGAUCAUCCAAACAUGCUUUGGAACAAUGGUGAAAUAAAGAAAUGCUUCGAUGGCGUGAAAGCAGACGGAGUUUCUAACUUCGACAGUGCUUUUAAAUCUAUAAUCCAAAACCUUGAUAGAGUUAACAUCAAUAAUGAUUUGGCAAUCGUCUUCUUUACGGAUGGUCAAGCUUCCCUUCCCGUAAGAGAGGAAGCCAAAAAGGAACUAGAAGGCGCCUUGUUAAAAACUCCUUACACGACUGUGGUUCAUACGAUUGGAUUUAAAAAAGAUCAUGAUGCUUCACUUCUUUCGUGGUUAACAAAGAGUGGAAGCAAAGAAGGAAAUUUCAUGCAUAUUGAAAAUUCUCGUGAAAUUUCAAAUAUAUCGAGUGCAAUGAUACCGUUGUUAGAGCAGACUCUUGAUGUUAAAGUCGGAAAUCGAGAACCCAUGGCUGAACAAUUUGAUGACAGAACGGCUAUCCACAAGGGUAGACGCAGUCCAAUGACAAUACAAUCCAUAAUUUAUUGUAUUCUGCACGAAAUCCAAAUUUUCGCGAAUGAAAUAAUUAAUCACAUCGAGCGUAACGAAUACGAGAGAAUCCAGCGAAUCUUGGCUGAAGUAGAAAAAUAUGAAGAACAUUUGAACGGCAUUCUACCAAUGACCCCUCCAAAAAUAUUGGAGAUACAUGAUGACAUAAUUCAAGACACCAAACAUACGAUCGAUGAGUUCAAAAUAAUCUUGACCAAGAAAUCAGAUGGUAGUUUGACGAACGAAAAGAUCGCAAAAUUUAACGACUUGAUAUACAAGAAUAUUUGCGAACUGAAAAAUCCCACUAUCUUUAAGCUCCCCAUUCGAGAAAUCGACGAUGGCCAUAGCACAUCUGCCAGCGAUAACACAAAUGAUACUCCAACCAGCAACGACAAAUCGAUUUCGUUGCUAUUGGAUAAAAUCAACUCUCUCGAGGAUAAAAUAAAUAAUACUGCGACCAGCGACGACAAAUCGAUUUCGUUGCUAUUGGAUAAAAUCAACUCUCUCGAGGCUAACAUAAAUAAUACUCCGACCAGCGACGACAAAUCGAUUUCGUUGCUAUUGGAUAAAAUCAACUCUCUUGAGGCUAACAUAAAUAAUACUCCAACCAUCAACGACAAAUCGAUUUCGUUGCUAUUGGAUAAAAUCAACUCUCUUGAGGAUAAAAUAAAGAAUACUACGACCAGCGAGGACAAAUCGAUUUCGUUGUUAUUAGAUAAAAUCAACUCUCUCGAGGCCAACAUCGAUCAAAAAUUUGAUUCAUUACAAUCCAGUAUUAUAAAAGCCGAAAAAGAAACAGAUAAUCAAGAUAACAAGAAAGUUGAAGAAACAGAUGAUCCGGAUAAUCAAGAGGUCGAAGAAAAAGAAACAGGUGGUCAAGAUAUCCAAAAGAUCGAAGAAAAAGAAACAAGUGGUCAAGAUAUCCAAAAAGUCGAAGAAAAAGAAACAAUCGGUCAAGAUAUCCAAGAAGUCGAAGAAAAAGAAACAAUUGACCAGGAUAAACAAAAGAUCCAGAAAAGCAUCGAGAUGGUCAAAAAAUCAAUCAGAUGUGGAUCAAAGGUUAUCUUUGUUCACGUGUCUACCGGAAGGUAUUUAACUGCCCGCAAAAGUCAACGAGGCGUUAUAGCGGUCGUUAGUCUGGCACAUGAUAUUGACCCGAAUAACGAUCUUUGGACAAUUACCGAAGUCAAGAGCAGUAGGGGUAUAAGCAAGAAACGUCCGGUUCGUCUCAACACCAAUAUUAGGCUCAAACAUAAGGAAACGUCCAGGAAUUUACAUUGUGCAUCCAUCGAAACAAAUUCAAAUUCACAAUGUAUGCACGUGAAAAACGCAUCGACGAAACGAAAAGUGACCCUCUAUCCGGGAAACAAUUCCGACGAUAAUUGGCUUAUUCAACGUUGUGAAUCCAAUAGCAACAAAAAUCACCUGGUGAAUGGCGAUAUCGUCUUUCUGGUGCAUAGUGCGAUCAAAGAUCAUGCACUUUACUAUUGCGACACCGAUGACAAAGCCCAAGGUGUCCAUUGUUAUGGAAUUGGAGAAGAAAAUAACAAAAUCAGGGUGAUUACACGACAUAGUGAUGCGUCGUGUGAUGUAAAGUGCCCAAGGGAUACCAUGGCAGAAAUUGGUAAUUAUGACGUAAUGCAAGUAGACGCGUCUAAGACGAAUAAGUAG